AUGUUUGUUGGGUGUUGUUGUGGGGUUGUGGGAGGGUUUGUUGUAGGUAUUGGAUGGUGGUGGUGGGGUGGGUUUGUGGUGGUGGGGGGGUGUGGGGUGUUGGUGGUGGGGUGGGGUGGUGGGGGUGGGGGGGUGAGUGGUGUUGGUGGUUGGGUGUUGUGGGGGGGUUUGGGGUGUGGUGUGUUUGGUGGGGGGGGUGUGGGUUGUGGGGGUGGGUGGGUGGUGUGGUUGUGUUGGGGGGGGUUUGGUGGGGGUGGGGGUGGGGGGGGUGGGGUGGGGGUGUUGGGUGGGGGUGGGGUGGGUGGGGGUGUUGGGGGGUGUUGGGUGUGGGGUUGGGUGUGGGUGGUUGGUUGUGGGGUGUUGGGUGUGGUUGGUUGUGGUUGGACAGGGGGUUGGGGGGGUGGGGGUGUGGUGUGGGGUUGGUGGGGGGGUGGGGGUGGUGUGGUGGGGGUUUAUGAUUUGAUGAUGGUAUUUAUGGGUGGUAAGGGUAGGGUUAUGAUUGGUAUGUGGGUGUUUUAG